ACAGAGGUUCUUUCGCCGCACGCCAGAUUUGUCGAACUGCUGACAGUUUACUUGUCGGAAAAUUGGUUGUCGUCGACUUGAAGGAAGUAGAUAAUGAGUUUGGAGAGGAGUAGGAAUCCGAUGGACAGAAAGAUUGCUUCUGAUCGUUUUUCUUACCGUGAUGAUCCUUACCGGAGAGAUUCUCGUCGGACUUUCAGCCAAAGUAAUAUGUGCAAGAAUUGUAAGCAACCUGGUCAUUUUGCUCGAGAGUGUCCCAAUGUCUCUAUCUGCCACAACUGUGGCCUUCCUGGGCACAUUUUAUCAGAAUGCUCCGCGAAGUCGCUGUGUUGGAACUGCCGUGAACCAGGUCACAUGUCUAAUAGCUGCACCAACGAAGGCAUUUGUCACAGCUGCGGUAUUGCCGGACACCAAGCUAAAGACUGCACAGGUCGCCACCUCCCUCCUGGAGACCUCAGACUCUGCAACAACUGUUACAAGCAAGGUCACUUCUCUGCUGACUGCACUAACGAGAAAGCCUGCAACAACUGCAGGAAGACCGGUCAUUUUGCUCGUGACUGCAGAGACGAUCCCGUUUGUAAUCACUGUAACCUAGCUGGUCACCUUGCUAUCAAAUGCCCUAAAACCCAUGUGUUACCACGAGGGAUCAGAUCCCAAAUCAGGGAGGAGGUGGUGGUUUGCAGGAACUGCCGGCAAGUGGGUCAUAUGAGCAGAGACUGCAGGGCUAGGCUGAUGAUAUGUCGAAACUGUGGUGGAAGGGGACACAUUGCUUAUGAAUGCCCUUCUGGGAGAUUAGUGAACCAUCACUACCCCUUUAGGUACUAAGUAGCUUAUGCAGUGUUCUCAGAGUUGAUUUAUGCUUUUGUUAUGACUCCUUUCUGUCUCAGUUUCUUAAACCUCGACCCAUCCGGUUAAGCCUAGACCGGCCAU